GUGGUCUCAUGUCAAAAAGAGAAAAAAGUCGAUGCAUGGUUGAGAAAAUGAUAUGGCAAAUCUCUUUGAUAGACUGAAAGAAACAUUCACGCUGCAAGCUUCUGACAAUUCUAAGAAUGCAUCAUCCAAUAUAAAGAAGGAACCAGAACCAGAAACCGAUGUCACGCGAGAAAGUGGAAGCUCCCAGGCCAGACGGGGCCUGGUUUCCGCGUACGCCGUCAACAAACAAGAUGGCGGGAAGACUUCAGAGGUGAAAAUCUGCUCAUCAGCACGUAGCGACGAUGCUUCAAAAAUGAAGACUGAUUCCCAGUUUAUCAUCCCCAAAAGGAAAAGAGAUGAAAGUGAUAUUUUGGUAGAUUUGAUGAUCAAUUCCCGUGAAUUCCAGUAUGAAAUAUUACCAGCAAUUGUGAAGAGUUACAGAAACUCACAAUCAGCAGAAAAAUUUAAAUACACCAAAGUACAAAGUGUGCACAACAGAGAUCUACUCAAGUUGUACUUGGAAAAACGCAAAGAGCUGAGGAACAGUGGGUAUUCAGACAAGGAGUCCGGAGACUGCGUAGCCUUCUUAUGUGUGGAAGAUGAGGAGCUCAUGUUCAAAAUCUGUCGAGAUGGGGUUCCCAUAGGGAACUACCCAAGGUCCUGCCUGGGACAUCCAGUGAUGGGGGUUCAGCUGUGUAAGCAUGCAGACAUAAUCAAACCUGUACCCCUACAACCAAAUGACACAGGAUAUCUUAUUCUGUUCAAAAUUAUCAAGGGCAGAAUCAAAUCUGUAUCUGAGUCCAUAACUGAGAACCCCUUAGAGCCCACUCCACACUUUGAUUGUCAUGUUAGCAGUAAUGUCCCUGACCCAUCAGCAUCCUGUCAGAGCUUGUUUGAAUCCAGUCAGGUGUACAUGUAUGAGUAUGGAGAGGAGGGGGUUGUACAGUACCCCAGAAAUGUCUGUCCUGUGGCCGUGGUCAGUUUUGUGUAUGAAAAAGAUUCAAAGGACCCACGAACAAACAGUCCAAGAGUACAUCAGUCCCUGUUUAGGGGAGGAGGAUCCACUAGAGACGGGGAGCCGGAGUUUGUAGUCUGGUCCGGUAGUCUGACCAUUAAGGGACUCUAUGCCUGCAGUGUAGAAAUGACAUCAGCAGCAGCCUUUGUAAAACCAGCUGUCCUAGGGAGCCAAAUUAACAUCAGCUCUAAACUGGGUGUGAAGCAGGUUCAACAGAAGUACCUGAGAAAUGUGAGCGGGAUUAGGAAGAGCAGUGAGGGCUAUUGGAAUGGUUACUAUGUCAACGCCUGUGAGCUCCGCCCACUGGCCCCUGAGGGACGGUCCCAUUUUCAGAGAGUCAUGAACUACCUGGGAAAGCAUAAUGCUAUUGCAGUUCAAAAGCUAGAGAAAGAUGUGACUUUGUUGAUGCUGACACAAAGUGAACUAACAUACCAACUAGGAUUGAGCCGCCCACAUCAGUAUCCUGUUUUGUUGUAUUGCUUGUUUUUAUCCAGAACAUCUGCUAGAAAAAGACUGUCUAAUCCUGCUGGCAAUGGUAAGGAAGCUGACAAGUACAACAGCAGCCCAGCUAAGCCACCACUACCCCCAAUGUCUUCAUCAUUACCUCCAUCAAGUCCGCGAUCAGAAGAUUCAUCCAGGAACCACCAGUCCUCUUCCUCUCCAUUCCUCCCUCCCUCUAGUCCUCAGCACUCCAUUCCACCCUCUCCAAUGAUAGACUAUCAGAGAUCUCCUUGUUCCAAUAUUGUGUCUUGGCCUCAGAAUCUUCCGUUUGGUAGUCCCAGAAAUCCGUUAGUCCCACAUUCCACUCCUCCUCAAUCCCCGGCCAACUACCCUGGUGUACCCAACACCCCUCCCUACAGAAUGCCACCAUCCGCCCAAAAAUCCCUCCCAGUAGCUCCAAAUUCACCAUUUCACGGUCCUUAUAAUGGACCUGAGUUCCGUGGAAGUUCACCACAAAGAAGGAUAAGUAGAGAAGGUCAACAUGGCUUCUCUUGUUCCCCAGAAUCAAAAUCAUCAAUGUCUUUCAAUCCUACCAACACAUUCCAAGGUGGACCAAACUUUGAUGCACAAUAUCUGCUGAGACCAAACUUUUCACCCCUGUCCCCAUACAAGCCUCCCCUUUCUCAAGGGGAUCUAAGGUUCCAGGGCCCAAUGCCCCAAUUUAGAAACAAUGCCAGUUUUGGAGGUCCUAGGUUUCCAGAUCCAAAUUGGAAUUCCACUCAAGGCAAUGCUUUUAGGGGAAGAUUUGAUCCAAACAGAAGUCCCAGAGUACCAGGACCAACAUUUGAAAUCAGUGGGGCAUCUAAUCCAUUGUUUAAUACUCCACCUCCUCUUCAAAUGCAUAAUAUAUCAAAUGAUGUUUUCAAUUCUCCAACUAAGCCUGCUUGGUCACAGAAUGGUCCAUAUGGAGCCUCAUCCUCAGACAGGGGUAAUAUGAAUCAAAAUGUUCAAACCACAAUGCACAGAAGUGACCCCAGGCUAAGCAAAAACAUGUCCCCUAAAGUAAAUCCUGUUGCUCCAAUGCCGAGAGGAAGUACGUCAGAUACCCAUGGGAGUCCCAGUCAAGGAAUGAUCAGUCCUGGUACUGUGGAGUUUCCAUGUUCAAAAAUGUCACCUAUUUCAUUUCCAUCACCACAGCCAAUACCAGUUUUAGCACCACCUGGGACACCACCACAAACAAAGGUACCCCAAGUACCUCCACCGCCUAUUGUCCCGCUUCCAGAGCCCCCUAUACCAUCCAGAGUUACCACCGCCCCUGAAUCUUUUGAUGGUGGAUUCCUCUUCAAACCACCAGCAUCAAGUCUUUUGCAGCCUGAUAAAGUCAAAAAGGUUUUUGAAGAGCAGAACAUAGCUCUAGAAAUCCAACAGCGAGCUAAAGAUGCCAUCAAGCGACAUUUAUUAGUGAAAAGUCGCAUAGAAAGUAAGAAAACAAAAAGUUCAAAGGCAGGAAAGAUGGAGGAGAAACAGAUUGGGAAGAACUUGGAGAAAGAGGUGGCUGAAUCUGCAGAAGACAUGAAGCAGUUGUUAGAAAACAGUCUAGAAUCCAAACAUCCAGAAAAGAAAAAGGUGGAACAGGUUAAAAAGAAAGACAAAGGAAAACUUGAUGUGAAAGAAAAGUACAAGUUAAAGGAAAAGGGACCUGGAGAAAAGCUUAAAGCAAAGGGAAAAUAUGAAAUCAAGCAGAAGGACAAAGCAGCUUCAGUAGAACCAGGACCUAAUCAGAAAAUUCUAGAACCUGAAACUCCUACUACAGAAUCUUUAUUAAAACUGAAAAUUUCGGAACCUGAGACCUUUAAAUUGGACAGCUUGGAAGACAUAGCUCGCAUGAGGAAAAUCACAGAGGAAGAGAUCAAAAAAGAAAGUGAGAGGCAGGAGUCUAUGGAUGAUAUGGACUUAGAUGAGGAACCACUGGAGAAAAUUAAUGGUAGGAAUAGCAAGAACGGAGAUCAAGCAGAGAAAAUUAGUAUAAAGAAUAACAAAAACCCUGCAGAGAAGCCAGAGACCAAAGGUGAAGAGCCAAUGGACAGCGUUUCUAAGAAGAGCAAGAAAAGACCCAAGGAGAGGGAUGCAGUAGAUGAAGUUAAAGACCCAUCAGACACUGAUGAACUUCUGUCAAAGAAAGCCAAAAUUGAUACAGCCAGUGACAUGAAAGAUUUCUUGAACUUAUCUUUAGAUGAAAAUGAUCCAUCUUUACAGUCAACUCCUCUUAGGGUAGACUUACUGCCUAAAAUGAGGCUAGAGAAGAAGAAAGUGGAUGGGAAAACAGAGAAGGAUAAAAAGACCAAAACUCAAUAUUAUAACAUCUGUGAAGAAAUAAGUGGGAUUGCAGGAGAGAAUUUGAAAAUUGGGAAUGCUACUGAAGAGGUAAAGCCUACCAUAAAAACAGAAAUAAAUGAUUCUUCUUCUAAUGCUGACAAUGUCGUUCAGAAGUCCAACUCUUCUUCAAAUGAUGAAGGAAGUAGAACAAAUCUCAAGUUGGAGGAUGAUCUACAAGGGUUGGCAUCAGAGAAAAAUACCGGUGCAAUAGGCAAGGACCAGAAACCAAAGAGUUCAAGCAAAUCAGAUCCUGGAAAGGUGGAAGGAGAGACUUCUGAUCAGUCUGGAAGGUGGGACAAUCCACUGAAGAAGAAAAAGAGAACAGACAGUGAAUCGGAUGGAGAAAGAAAAAUUGAAAACAAGAAAGGCAAGAUCAUAAUUAUAAAAGAGAUUAGAAUGAUCCGAGUGAAUUCUGAUGGCAGCGAGAUUAAGUCCCCUGAGAAAGAACCAGAGACCAAAGAAAAGCCCACUGAGAUCCCUGAGAACCUGAUACAAACUCCUGUAGUGGAUGAUCCAAAAAUGGUGGAUGUAAAGGGAGUGGAUCCGAAAGUGGUGAAAAUUAAGGUGGAGGAACCAGAGGAAAGAGAGCAAGAUAGGAACGACAGAAAAGAGAAAGAAAGUGUGAAACAAAAAGAAAAAGAUUACAGAAAGGAAGACAAGUGUAAGAGAAAGGAGUCAGAGGAAAGAAGAGAGGACAGUAAGAGGAAAGAAAAGAAUGAAAGGAAAGAGAAAUCGAGGGGAAGGGAAGGGGGCAAAGAGAAAGAAAAAUCAUCUGAUUUGAAGAGCCGAAAAAAGGCUGAGGGGUCCAGAAAACACCUGGUUCUGUACAGUGACACUGAAAGUGAGAGUUCCCGUAGCCAUUCAUCAUCAAUGAGAAGCCGGCGAUCAGAAACACCAAACUCAGAUGAUGGUAAGGACUCUGUUCCUCGUUACACUAGAAUUUACCCAGACUUCAAACCAGGAAGAUUAAAGCUCCCUAAGGCAGCCACCAGCAGUCAGAGUAGGACAGAGCCAGGGCGUAAGCCUGGAGACCAGAGACGAGGCAGUCUGUUCCACAGGUCCAAACAUCAACAGGACAGCAAAGCAUAUCCACAUAAGACUGGAAGGGCAGGCAUAAGCAAAAUGACUGACAUUCAGGUCAAGGGCAAAGUCAGAUCUCUGGUCCAAAGUAGAAAAGAUUUCAGGGCUCAGCAAGCUAUUAUAGAAGGCAUUAUUACAAGCGCUAAGAUACCACUGAAGAAAAUACCCAAAAUUCAGAAGAAGCCAACUACCAACUCUACCUCUUCACCAAAACAUGAAUCAUUGCCAUCAAAUUCAUCAGAGGAUCAAGAGAUAAGUGAAGAAUUACACCUUAAAGGGACACAGACAGAUAAGCAACAGGAAGAUAGCAGAAAGAAUGAGACACCUGCUACUGUUAUACCUGGAGAAGAGGAGCUUUCAAUGGAGAUUGAUAAUGGAGAAAUAAUACCAAACACAGAGGUUAAUUCAUUUGAAGUGGGUAAAAAGGCCAUGACACCUGAAAUUAAAGAUGGAGGUUGUUUGGAUGAUGGGAAUUUAGAAGCACAACCAGAUGUUUUAACAGAGAUGUUACCAUUAGAAAAUACGGGGACUGUAUUCUCUCAAACUCCCCAAGACAGCUUAACAUGUGGAAAUAAUUCAACAACUUUAUCACUAAUAGAAGGUGUUACCGUAUCCUCUGAAAUUCCUGCAGAGUCUCAAGACAUUUUAUCAAUAGAGGAAACUGAAUCAGAUUCCUUUAAAAUUUCUAAGGAAAAUGAUCAAGCAGUCACUGGUGUAUCUAAUUUGUCAAACACUGUCGUGACCAGUGAACAAAGAGAAACAGCAGAUUAUUGUGAAGUUGACCUUGAUCUCUCUUCUGUGAAGCUGGAGAAAGCACCACCUUUGUCAACUGAACUAGAGAAGGAGAAAGUGUUGCAGUCCCAAGACCUUAACGAUGAAAAACUCUCGACAGUGCUUGAAUCUAGUGAUGAACAGUGCUCAACAGAGCUCAAGGAUGAACAACACUCAACAGAGCUUGAAUCAAAAGAUGAACAAUGCUCAACAGAGCUUGGGUCCAUGGAUGAACAAAGCUCAACAGAGCUUGGAUUAAAAGAUGAACAAUCCUCAACAGAACUUGAAUCAAAGGAAACAAACAGUCAACUGGGUUCAGAUCACAAAACAGCAAAUCUAGGAAUCAAAAAAGCAGCUGUUAAGAAAAAGUUGACAAAGAUGGAUGCAGACUUGCAUAAUAUAAUGAACAGCUUCCUUUCAACACAGCAUAGAAAACUUAAAGAGAAAUCUGCUCACAUCAAAUCUGAAGACACUGCUGAAACACAGAAAGCAUCAGGAGACAUGGCACUAACAGAAAUACCGGGACAUGACGAAAAUGUAAAAGAAAGCAGAACUGAAGAGGUACAGCAGCAACUAGAGGACCUGUUGGAUCUAGAGAGCGGUCGUGGUGUGCCAACAGUAGAAGAAACACAGCACACAACAUCUGAGCAAAAUCAUGCUCCAAGCAGCACAAGAUCUUCUGGAUCCUUGGAAAAUCUUUCUUUAACACUAACAAUGGAUAAAUCUUUCAGUCUUCAAAAUUUAAAAAGCAGUGGUUCUACAAAUGUCAUAGGCUCUGCAUGUACAACUUUAAAUCCAGUUCACAGUUCACUACAGAUAGAUAAAAUUAAAAAUGAGGAGUGUGUAUCCUCUCAUUUUGCCCAGUCAAAAACAUUCCAUGCCAUAUUCAAUGAAACUGUCCAUCCUGAUCUGGAUGGAGAUAAUGGACAAUGGAAUGAUGGGAGUGAAGAGGAGUUUGAACCCGAUCCAGACAGGUUGGUACAAGGACUGCCGGAUGACCAGGGUCUGAAGAUUACAGUCACCAAUGAUGUACCAGUGUAUUCAAAGUUCCAGUGGAUUUCUAAAGAACAACUCAUUAAGGACUGUAUCCAUGGAAAAGACCACUCCCCAAUUAGUAUGAAGGAUGUUUACUUGAUAAAUGCCCUGAAUUCUGUUGUACACAAGAGUCUACCACAGACGGGAAAGCAUCAGAGGACUAUUUCCUCCGGACAACAAUCGGACGACAGCGAUAAAUCGGAUCACAGAGGGGAAAAUGGAGAUAUCUCACUUGACGAGGAGAACAUAUUAAAUGACUUUCAGGAGGAAUCGUUCAAGCUUGAGAAAUCACCCAAUACGUUUGAACACUCGGUCGAAAGACAGGAGAGGCCUGAGGAUGAUUCAGGAAUUGUGAAAUCAGGAAUGGAGAGAAUUUUAAACAUGGUGAAGUGCCAGCUGGAGGACAGUAAUGAUGGAACCUCAGUCAGUUCUCUGUCGUCCUCCCAAACUUCAUUUAAAUCUCUGUCGGCUUCUCAAAACUCUCAAGACAAAUUCGAAAAGGUCCUCUCUGAUCAGCUGAAUUCUAUCUCAGAAGGACUAGACCUUCUAAUGCAGUGUAAUAGCAAUUCUCUAAGUUUUAUAACUCCUGAUGAAGGAAAGGAAUUGAAUAAUGUCAUAGAGAACACUAUGAAAACACUCAAAGCAUCAAUGCAGGAACAGAAUACAGAAUUUGAGAAGAAAGAAUCUUCUGAUUUUAAAACCUCUGAGACUGAAACAACCAAAAAUGAAUCCAGACUGCUGGAGAGGCAAGGUAUAGAGAAGAAUGAGCUUAAAAUGGAAUCAAUUGGUUCAGGUACAGUUGAAUUAAGGCCAAAAGGUGAUUCCAGUGUUACUUUGUCUACAGAAGUUGGGGGUUCACAUAGUAAAGACUGUACAGAGAAAGUGCAUUUUGACAGUAAUGCUGUAAGUGCCUCUUUAGAAGUGAGCACAAAUCAACCAACUGAUAAGACGGCAUUCUGGUCCAAAAUAUUAGGAUUUUCUUCCCAAGUAAAUAAAAAUCUUCCUACAUUUUCAACACCUCCAAGAAAAGAAGAGAAACUGAAUAAAGAUUCUGAAGGGAAUGAACCCAAAGAAAGUGUCAUACUUAUAUCUGAUUCUCCAGAUCCCAACCAAAUAGUGAGAAAUGCUGAAAGUCCUGAAAAACUUGAUGAUAGCACUAUAAUGAUAAUGGGCUCCUCUCCCAUUGAUAAAGUAGUAAGGGAAAAUGCCGAGUCAGAGUGUCCUGAAGAACUUGAUGAUAGCACUGUAAUGAUAAUUGAUUCCUCACCCGAGACCACUCAGAAAGGUGUGUUCAGUGGACACGAAGGCCUUAAAGAUGGGAUAAAAGAGAAAGACAAUGAGAAAGUGUUGAGUUGUGUAGUGGGAGGGUUGUCCACUGAGGUAUCAACAGAGUCACCAGCAAGGGCUGAAAAUGAAAAGGAAGUCCCUAAAGUUCGUAAAGCUUUUAUUUCACCUAUAAGAUUUCCAGAUCAAAUUGAAAAUGCCAAGAACAAGGAUUUCAAGAAUGAUGAGAGUACUACCCAAACCAGGAACACCAUUGAUGAUAAUAACAAUCCUAAAACAUCAAGCAAAAUUCCAGAAAUUAAGAUAGAGCCUGCAAAUGAGAAUAACAAGAAGCUGGAACAAAAAGUAACGGUAAAAGUUGAAAAGAUGCCCCUUCUGAAUCUGGAUCUGGCAGAUACCAUGGGACAACGUGACAAAACUCCACCUCUGAAUGUUUCCAUGCCAACAAAAAGAGUUUCACCUCAAGAAAAGACUUUGACUGUCAUUAUUCCUGAGAAUAAGAAAAAGAUUACAGCACAAAGACAGUCACCAACAGUAUUGGUUAAGACAGAGGAUAAAAUUACUCCACAGCAUUCCCCAGCAUUAGGGAAUAAAGAGGAGAAAACAAGAGGGGCUUCCCCCGUCACAGGGACAAGGACAGUGCACCUUAGAAGCACAGAGAAAAAGAAUGUAUUCUCUCCACAAACAAGGGAGGAGGAAAAGAAAGAAAAAAGUGCCUCUGGUACUGAAGUGAGUCAAGAGGGAGGCCAACCAGUUAAAGUAGAGAAAACUGCAGGAAGUGAGAAGACCCAACCAGGGAAGGAGGAUAUAGUAGUGGUCACAGUCAACAAGGAAAAGCCAAGGUCAAGCAAAUCCAGGUCAAGGUCACCGGUUACAAGAGGAAUUUCUUCAAGUUACAAACCUCCACCAUCGUCUGCUAAUGCUGAACCUCUGUCAAAGGCAGGGCCAAUAAGAAAUGAGGCAAAGGCCAAGAGGGAUGAGCGUCAGUUUCACCCAUACAGGAAAGAAAAAGAGAAACCCAAGAAAAAGAACAAGUGGUCUUUUGACAUUGCAUAUGACUCUCUGAGGGAGUUGAUGCAUGAUUUGACAGUUUCUUCCUACAAAAAUCAGAAACACAAAGCAAGACAUAAGAGGACAAAUUCCAGAUUUGCCAACUACACCUUUGUACGGUCAAAAGUACCAGACUCUUUGCCAGGAGGCAUCAGCAGUGCAGAUGAUGUAGUAGAUGAAGAUUUCAAUGAGAAUGCUAUCCCUGAUUUUGAGGAGAGGAAGAGGAAGGCUGACUUGGUGGAUGAACUGACAAUGAGGGAACAAGAAGAGGGAGACUACAAAACAGAGAGGGCAGUCUACUUCAUGGAGGAGCAGGAGCAGGCUGAUCAGGAAAAAGAGGAUGAGAAGAAGGAAGAUAAGAAGAUGAUCCCUAAGAUGCUGGCUAAUCUCCCUGUUAGGACAGCUUCUUCCUCCAGUGCCCCAGGUCAAGAAUGCAAACCUGACAUAGCCAAAAUAGAAAUCAAGACUGAAUCCACAGAGGUUAAACCAGAUACCAGGUCCAUCAUUAUAAAGACAGAAAGAUCAUCAAAUAUAAGGAAAGUGGAGACUGCAGAGAGAACACCCUCGGAGAAUGACAGGGCUGCUGAUUCCUAUCCAAAGAUCAAGUCUGAAAAGGAAAUCAAAACGGAAACUAAAGAACAAGUCAGUAACAAGGAAGAAAAACUGAAUUCCACCAUGUUGGAGAUUAAAAGACAUUCUGUGGAGGUGGUGGAUAAUGACAGCGAAAAUUUUAGGGAUAACUUUAUAAAUUCGAAUAAUGAAGGCCAGGAUGAAGAGGGGGACACAGAAAUGGAGGAAUUUAAUGACUGGAUUGUUAUUGAUGAAGCCCCAGACAUAGAGGAACUAGAUGUAGUAUCUGAAGUUCCUGCUGAUAUGGGGGAAAAUACUGCAGAUGUUUUAUCCGAUGUAGGGGGAAAAGACGUGGAUUUUAAACAAAUUAGAGAAAGUAGUACAAAUCAUAGCAAAGACAUAGAUGAUUCAGCAGUUAUUUAUUCAAAAGAGAAAUUUAAUAUGCUUUAUAACAAAGACACCACUGAACCAACAAAUACCUGUAGUGUAGAAGAAAGAAUGAAUCCUGACAUGAAUGAUUCUGUGGCUAGUUUAGAGAAUUCUAGAGGAAACCAGAGUAGGACAAGAGACCCUAAUGGCAGUCUGAACAGAACAGUGUCAGAGCUUCAGGAUAUGAGUAUCUCAGAAGAGGAAAGCAUUUGUAAACAGAACGAGGAAAAUGAUCAGUACAUUCCUGUUAUUCAUCUACUGGGUGUAAAAGGAAAUACCUUCUGGUGCCAAAAUAAAAGUUGCGAUGGUAAUAAAGAAGUAUUAGGCAGGGAUGGCGGAUAUAAAAAUGAUGCAAUGGAAAUCAAAGAAUGUGCAUCUGUUUGUCCAGGCGGAUUUAAAUCUCAAGAUGGAAGUGGUGAGGAUGUGCAAUCAGUUUCUGAAGAAUGUUAUUCGAAAGGAAAGGACAGUGAAAAUAAUUGUGUUAAUGAAAUUUUGAGUAACUGUGGCAAUGAAGUUAAUGAUCAUGAACCUACAGCAAAGCAAACAAAGGAAGCAAAUGGAGAAAUAGAGAGUGAACCUAUACAAAAGCCAACAAAGGGAGACACUGGUCAAAGUCAAAUAGACAGUGAACCUACAGCAAAGCCACCAGAGGAAGAAAAUGAAGGUGAACUUACAACAAAACCAGCAAAGGGGGAGAAUGGUGAAAAAGAGGGUGAACCUACAGUAAAACCAGCAAAGGAAGCAAAUAAUGAAAUAGAGGCUGAACUUAUAGCAAAGACAUUGACGGAUAAAGAAAAUGUUAAAAUAGAGACUGAAACUUCAGCAAAACCAGCAGAGGAAGAAAAUGAAGAGAAAGAGAGUGAACCUUCACUGGAAGAGGAAAAAAAUGAUGAAAAGGAUGAACCUUCAAUAAAACUGGCAAAGGAAGAAAAUAUAGAAAUAGAGACUGAAUCUUCAGCAAAGACAACGGCAAAGGAAGAAAAGGGUGAACCUGCAGCAAAGCCACCAGAUGGAGCAAGUGGUCAGAAUGUAACGGAGAAAGAUCUGCAAAUUGAAUCCAGAAAGGAAGAAGUUGUUAACAAUUUUUUUACAAUGCCAUCGUCUAUAUCCACACACAUUGUAUCAUCAGCUUCUGAACCCUCAAACAUUGCAGCAUACAGUUGCUUAUCUACAGAAACACAGAAUGAGAAAGAGGAUGUUGAUUGUGAAAAAUUUGUUUCUUCAAAUUUACACAUAACAGACGCUAAAUCAGAAAGCAAUAACAUACCAAAUGAGGAUUCAAAGACGAACAUGCCUGAAAAUGAUAAAGAAGUGAACAGUGGAGAAGAGUCUACAGAAAAAUCCACUUUAUCUACAGUAAAUGUAAAAGACAAUGAUGAUAAUUCAAGGAGUGAUGAAAAACUAGGACAAAAUAAAGGAUACUUAAAUUCAGAGUUAAAAGUUCAGAUGGUGUCUGAAACAAAUUCCUCUAUGUUUAAUAGUACCAGUACUCCAAAGGUGAUUUACUCCCUACAUGGCACUCCUGGCAGUUCUGGAAAUACUCAAGAUUUGGCAAAUAUGAGUGUACUCUCUGAGAGUUACAAUGAAAAGGGGGAUGGACUAAGUCUAUUGAUUGGAGCCUAUGAUCAAAGCAGUGGCGGUGAAAGUUACAAUUCAUCCACUGAUUUUCCACAAGAUCAGACUGUCUCUCUUGUUAAUAAUACUCCAGCAAAUGAUUCCUGUUCUGACAAAGUUGUGAAACCAGAGGAAAAAUCAGAAGAACAUCUUGAGGAAAUGUUGGAGAAGAAGGAUAGUGAUGGAAUACAUUUUCUGGCUGCUGUACAGAGUGUUGUGGACAGUCCAUCUUGCAAUGAAACAAGUAAGACCACUUUGGAUGAAGAAAAGAAGCAGGUAGAUUGUGCACCAAAUACAGUGUUAGCAGAUAAGAAGAUGGAGAUAAGUUAUGAUAUUGAAAACCCCAGAGAAGCAGAUAGUUCGUUUGAUGCAGAACAAAGACUUGAGGACAUCAUGUCUGUGAUACGUGAAACCGACCAUGAUAUUUAUCUAGAAGUAGAAGUAGAAAAAUCAAACCAAAUGAGAUUGCUAAAAUUUUCCAGCAAUGAGUGUGGUUUAUGUGAUGACCAGCUUUGCCUAGCAAAAGUCAAAUGUUUAACAGGACCACUUGAUCCAUUAGAAGAGGCUAUGUUGUCAUCUGGGAUUCUGGACAUUAAUGAUGUUCCAGUUGGAAAUGUUGUAGAAAUUGGUACUGAUGAGAGUUAUGGGAGUUCUAUCGAUUUAUUGCCAACAAACAACAAUGUGAUCAGUAUUGAUAAUGGAGAGUCCAAGAAUUUGCAUCCAAGUGAAUGCAAAGGAACAUUUUCUGUAGGUGAUGGCAUGAUUCAAAGAAGUUGUGUAAAUGUUCCUGAAAUCAAGGCAUCUAACUUAAAUAACAACAAUUCAAAUUCUGAAGAUGAAGAUUCAGAUAAUUGUCUCAUAAUUAAUGACAAAAUGGAGGAAACGUUAGAUAAAAGCGAAAUAAACAUAGAAGAUGAUUCAGACCACACCUCAUCAACUGAAACUGACUACAUCUCGGAUUCCAUGGAUAGUGAAAAUGAAUUAUCAACCCGAGGUGAUGACAUGUCAAAGCUAGUUGUGUCAGAGUACUUAACCAGUCAACAAAGUGGAAGUAUUGAUACUGUAGUAACAAACCCACAAAACGGUGUAGGAUCAUUUAAUGUAUGCCAUUCCAAAAGUAUUCAGGAAUCAAUUUCGCAUGAUACGUCAGAGAUAUCAUCAAAGACCAAUAGUACAGCAACUUCCCUUUCAAAGUCCUCCAUCAGUUCUAGCACCUCCUCUGGAAUCCAGGAAGAAACGAGGAGUGAGCAUUUGAAAAUAAGAAAUCAAAGUCUAGUGAAGCCUCUUAUUGUGGAAAACAAAGAAACUACACCUAUUCCUGUGUGUUCCCCAUCUCCAACUUUGUGUUCAGUGCCAUUGAUAAACCAGAUGAUGCUUUCAAACAUUUCUUUACCUAGUCAACAAUGUGCCAUGUUACCUUCACAGCAAGUGCCCUUGAAUCCUUUAUCCUUGUUUUAUGCUAUUCCUCAGUUUCAGCAAUUUUCAAACAUCUCCAAUACAUUACCAACACUUCCCCUUCUACCAUUUCCAAAUAUUUCUAUUGUACCUCCAGUGAAUCCAUUCAUGCCAAUUCAGUCAUUUUCUCCGUUUUCGCCAGCACCUGCGUUUGAGCUCACAACUGAUAAGUUUGAAGCUUUUAGAAGAAUGAACAAUCCUGGGAGAGUGGAGUCUCGUUUUCAGAGUCCUAUUGUUGGAUCAAUACCUAUGUUUGGAAACAGGAAUAUUCCCCAAUCUCCAAUGCAUUAUCCCUGUAUAACUCCUCCACCACAGAAUGUUCCUCAAUCUCCGAUUCAUUAUUCCGCUAUAACUCCACCACCUCAAAGGCCAUCACAAAGUUUUCUGAGCAGAAAAGUCACACCAGAAAGAUCGACAGUCAGUGAAAAUGUGAGAACCACGCCAGAUUUUCUUCAAAAGGAACAGUCGCCUUUAUUACCCCCAAUAUCUUCCUUUACUCAAAGAAAAGUAGCAGAAAUUGGUUGUAUGAAAAACACCUCUUUAUCUCCCAACUUCCCAACACAUACAGGAUAUACGACACCAAGUCAUUUAAAUCACUCUACGAGAUAUCCAUAUUGUUCUUCAUCUAGCUCAUUUACACCUAAUUAUGACGUUCCCAGAUGCGCUGCUCAAAAUGCUUACCCUUAUAAGGAUGUUAAUGCAUCACUGAAUACGGUGGUUCAUUCCAAAUCUAGCACCGACUCGCAAACAAUGAAUAACCAGAGAAAGAAUAAGGAACACAAGCCAACAAAAAGCAAGAAAUUAAAGCCUAAAAAACAAAGCAACGAUGGAUAUAAGCUAUCUGAGAAUUUGUACGAAGGUCAUGAGAGUGUUCAGAAGGAUUUCAUGACUAGAAAAGAUGGAGUGUGUUCGGGCAGAAUACCAGUGGGUCAUGUGAAGCCCAUGUCUUUCAGUGACGUAAAUCACAGCGACAAUCAGACAGACUAGUCAGGAUCACAGAUGUCUAAAAAUAGUCUGAACACUUCAUCUCUUUAUGUCAUAGUAAAGUCUUGUCUUAAAAAUAGUUUGAACACUUCAUUGCUUCAUUUCAUAGUAAGCCUGUGUUUAAGGAAUGUGCACUUCAUCUCUUCAUUUCCUAGAAAACUUGUAACGAUGUUCAUUUUGAAAUUAUGUAUUGUAUCUAGUGAAGUAGUGUAUAGUAAAUUUUUAAUGUUGUUGACUGAAAAUGGCUAUUUGUUGAGUUAUGUAGUAGUGUAGAAGCGACCUUGUUCAUGUAUGCCAAAUUUUUUCUUAAAAAGACAACCGUGAAUGUAAUUUGACGACUUUUUUUAUGUUGAGUGUGUAAUUGUGUAUCUUUUACAGUGUUGAACAAUGCCUACAUGUACAUAUUAUUAUAUUAACCAAAGCCUGUCUCGAUAACAAAUCACAGAAUCUCGUGAAUUUAUCAUAUCAUUUUAUGUGGAUAAGCAUAAUGCUACAAACGUAUAAUGCAGAGGCGUCUAUUUUUAUCAUGACAUGUAAAUUGGUGCAAACUGUGCAAUGGAAUUUAUUGUUCUGAUUUUUCUUGUGUAGCAGUAGUGUAGUAGUAGCGGUAAUAUUUGUGGGGAAUAAUAGGAAGUGUCUGGGUAUUUAAGAAGUGCCAUAUCAUUUGACCAGCUCAUUCUUUUUUUAUUUACCAUUUUUUUGUUAUGUUUGUCUUUCAACUUUUCAAUACUUUCUAGUGGCCACUUACUGACAACUAAUAUUGAAUAUAAAUGUACACAUUGCUAGAGCUGAUGAAUAUUCUUUUGAAUGAAUAUGACUAUAGUUUUGAAUAUUAAAGGGUUGAAAAAUAUUAUUAAAUUUUAGCUUCGGUUCUAGGUUCCAGUAUUUAU